AUGAUAGACCUGUGUCUGACAAGUGGCUUUAUAAUUUCUUGGGACGCUGGCCAGAACUUAAAAUUGAAAAAGCCUAGAGCAUUAGAGAUUGCCAGAGCAAAGAGUGCAACUAGAGAUGCAGUUGACAAUUAUUUCACAGAACUUAAAAGAAUUUUAGUGAAAUAUGAUCUUGAAGAUAAACCGAACAGAAUCUUCAAUGUGGAUGAAAAAGGAUUGAAUACUGACCAUAAGCCACCACAGGUUGUCGCUGGAAAAUUUAACAAGACACAGGCUGUAACUUCAGGCAAGUCCAAGACAACUACUGUCAUUGGGUGUGUCAACGGGAUUAUACAACAGGCUCCGCCCUUUUUUAUUUUCCCAGGUGCACACAUGAUUGAUGGAUUGAUGGAAGGCUUUACUCCAGGAUCAAAGGGCACAGUCUCACCAACUGGAUGGUCAAAUACUGAAAUUUUCUGUCGGUACAUGAAAGACCAUUUGCUGAAAUACCUUCCUUCACGAGAUAAUGACCAUGUGCUAGUCCUGUUUGAUGGUCACAAGUCACACUGCUCUCUUGGACUGAAAGAAUGGGCCAAGUCACAGAAAAUCAUAUUGUUUGUGUUGCCGCCUCACUGUUCACACAUCCUCCAGCCCCUUGACGUGAGCUGUUUUGGCCCUUUCGAGUUUGCCUGGAAUUCUGCUUGCAAGAAGUACAUGAGAGAGUCAGGCGGGCGAUUGAUAACCAGAUAUGAUGUCUGUCAACUAGCCUUCAAAUCCCAGAAUCCUCCACCCACAGAAAGUUCAGGAAACUCCAAUGUGCCAUAA